AUCCGUCAAAAUAAUACGGCAGGCCAAUUUCAAAUACCCAUUAGAUAUUAAUCAUUAAUUUUACAUAGUUCGUUGUUGUUCUUUAUUUAAAAGUUCUAAGAUGUAUUUAAAUAUCGUACGGGGUAACCAACUUCCCAUGUUCAUCAACAAGAAAGUUUCAAUUACAGGCUUUGUUACAGAAAAGUCUUAUAAUGGAAUGUGGUUUGAAAUUAAAACAACAGAUAAUGUGACUGUACGAAUUACAAUGAAAAAACCAAUUGAUCAACAUCUUGAAGGUUAUGUGGAGGUACAUGGUGAUUCUACAGGAAAAGGUGUAACAGCAGAUGAGUAUAUUCAUUUUUCCAAUGAAAAAUUUGCAGCUAAAAGUCACAAUAAGCUGUGCUCCUAUCUUCAUUCCAUUCCCACACUGUGGAAUUUGGAAUAGUUAUUGUUGUAUCUAUUGUAUUAUUUUUUAGUUACUGUAUUUUUUAUAAACCAUAAUUUU